AAAAAUUAAAAGUUUCAAAAGCGAAAAAAAAGUUCGUGUUGCUUUAUCUCUAUUUACUUUUUUUGUCUUUGGUUCAAAGUGACUUAUUGUGUAUUUGAAGCUCGUAGAAUUGUUUUCGUUUUGUGGUUCCACCGGUAAAAUAUUUGUGAAAUCGUAAACGUCUCCGCAAGAAAACAAAAACUUUUAUAAAAAAUUUUGCAAAAGUGGCUACAGACCGAAGACGUUAAUCGAAAAAAGGAGAUACGUUCGCAUUUAUUCAAACUACGUGAAUCACGCUUAAGAGAUUUAUAUCAAAGUGACAUCAUGUCUCAGCCAAAUUUUGGUAAGGAUCCUUUAACUCCAUCACAUGGCGACUCUUUGGUUGAUCAGAGUUUCGAGAGUUUAAAAUCGAAAGAGAUACGUGAUUCGAUGAGUCCAACACAUGAUAUGAAUUUUCACUCGCUUACAUUGAAACACCCGAAUACAACUGGUUGGGAUGUGCAAACUUCCUCUGAAGUUAGUCCCGAUGGACGUGCUUAUCGUUCUGAAACGUUGGCAACCACUGAUGGCGUUGAAAAAAUUAAUGGUGGCACGGCUGAAUUUAAAGGACGUAACGAACAACGUUCUAGCGCUUCCCAUCAGGGAGACGAUAAGAAUUUUGUAAAAAAGGCUUCCGAAAGCUCAAACACGCACUUACAGGAGAAAGUUGUAAUAGGUGAUGAAAAUUCUGGCCGCACCGAAAUGAAGAUGAGUUCAACAAGCACAUCUUCAUCAUCGCAGGUGAUAUCAUCAUCAACGGUAGAAUACGAUGAUGAGCAUAUGCCAAGCGGAAACAGAUAUUUAACGGAUAAUACAAGUCGUCACCAGUUGCAGAACGAGCAUAAUAGAAUGCAGCGCUUGCAGGAGGAAGAAUAUCGUCAAAGAGAACAACGACAACGCCAACAACAGCAACAGCAACAGCAACAACAACAACACGAGUUUGAACAAAGACAACGUUUGGAAAAUCAAACUACUUCCACCCAGCAGCGUCAACAACAGUACAGUCAAGAGUAUAAUACUAAUCGUGAAGAAACUAGCACCAGUCGCAAUGUUGAGACUCAAAAUCGUUACGAAGAAAAUAAACGCUAUGUUGAUAUGGAUAAGGCCUCACCAGAAUAUCAGCGACAAGUUCAAUACUUAAUGUCCCAACCAGGUGAAAUAAUUUCAAAUACUGUUGAAUAUCCCAAACCAAAUGUUAAAAUGAUUACAACUGUAAAACGACUACCUGAUGGUACUAUUGUGAAAAACAAACGUUACGAAACGGAGGAAUUACGUCCAACUAAUGAACAUACUCAUCAACGUAGCACAACUACUACAAAUCAGAGUUCAACUCAGCGAAAGAAUGAAAGACACGUAGAAGAACAAGAAAACACUCGCAACAGGCAGCAAGUCAUACGUGAAACUGACGAUUAUGUAACUCAAAAAAGUUCUCCAAAUAGACGUCCCAAUGCCGAUGUUGUCGAUAAUAUUGAAACCACACACCAUCGUGACCACGAUAGGAGUUCAAAUAAACAACAGUUAGUAGAAUCAUAUCCUCAAGACCAAUACACCGAUGAUGUUACAAAUAUCACAAAAUCAUUUUCUACAGUAAAAAAAUCUAGCCGACGUUUUUCAACAGAAACAACAUCAGAAAGUAUUGAAGAAAUUGAUGAUCAUUCACCCAGAAACAAACCAAUAAGAAGUGGUCGCCCAACUGAAGAUUUUUCAACUCAUGGCUUUCCCUCAGUGAAACCAAAUAAACCAACACAGGAGUAUCCUACAGAUAGACCACAUUCAGCAACUCCAUCUAAUGACUUUAGCACACAGGGGUUUCCUUCAGUGAAACCAAAUAAAAUGACACAAGAAUAUCCAACCCAACGUCCACAUCCAGUUAAUGAAUUAGACAUGUACGUAGUUCAAGAUUCAAGGCGAAACACUGAGUCAAGUCCACGUAACUUAACGAAAAAUACAGAUGAUGAUGUAGUGGUUGUGAGUUCCGAGUCUACACGUAAUUUCAAACAUAAAACAAAUAGUGAGCGCACUAUUGAAACGGAAGUCGUAACAUCUGGUAGUGAUCGUACUAAACAAAUUGAGUCAACAACUACAAAUAAAUCGGAAGAUUAUUCCCAUGGUUUUCCAUCGGUGAAAGGCUCUUCACCAUUACGUGAAAUAUCUCCAAGACAAGGAACGCCAACACGUCAAACUCAACCAAAUGAUGAUUUUUCAACACAUGGUUUUCCAUCUGUACGAUCGCCAACAAAAGGGGCACCAGAUUAUACUACACAUGGUUUUCCGUCGUCACGUGAUGUUAUUAAAUCCAAUAAAAAUAUCAUCGUGACUCCUUCAUCUAGAGGUGAAGAAGUAAUAACAAUAAGUUCUGAAAGAACAAAAAAUGCUAAACACAAUACUACAUCAGAACGAAUUAUCGAAAUGGAAGUUGCUACAGAUGAUGAUUAUACAUCAUCUAGACCUGGAAAUCAAAAUAAAAAUAAACCAGAAGAUUUUUCUACACAUGGAUUUCCUUCUGUUAAAGAUAAAACACCGACGAGGGAAUUUUCUCCAAGACAUGAUGAAUAUAUACCAAAAUCUCCAACUAAAACUCCAGAUUAUUCUACUCAUGGGUUUCCAUCAGCAAAAGACAGCAACAAACCUAGAUCUGUAGCACCUCGUCAUAGUCCAACUACCACAACAUCAACUGUAAAAAAACCUUCAGCUGAAUCGGCACAAAAACUUAUACAGAAAGAGAAAGAAGUAGAUGCCGCACAUAGAGCUUUCGCAGCUUCGUUACGUAGUUCAUCACCAAUCGAUAAUAACAGACGCGAUAGUUAUUCCGAUCAUCAUAGGCAAACACCACGUUCAAGUGUUUCUUCUGCUAGAACAACACCCAGACGCGAAUUGCGAGAAGGAUCUCAUGAUAGCGCAGCACCAUCCGAACAUAGUCGAAUCAGUUCUACUACAGUGACACGUCAAUCUCCAACAAAAACUACUGGUAAAACUGUUGUUACAAAGCAUACUGUUGUUAAAACUAAAAACACGAAUGGUUCUAAUGAAACAAUCGAUUUAACACCACAGCGUUCCACAAAGUCACCUUCGCCGAGCAAGACCACAAUUACGACCACUACAAAAACUACUACUACUAAAAAAUUACCUGCCGAAGUGCCAAAACCAGAUAACCAGUUUACUAAGCCAGCUGAAAAUUUAUUUCCUAUUAACGAACCACUAACAAUUACAAAAUCUAACUUCACCGCAAACGAUGCCAGUUUCGAAAGAAACGAGGCAGUCGAGGCGCCAUGUAUUAAGAAAAAAUUUUAUCUAGUCGGUCCGUCCGAUAAAGUUUCCAAUAAAUCAAUAGAUGAGCUUAUAGUAAAUAAUUUUCCGGCACAACCACAACUAUCUGAAAUAGAAAACCAAACAAAUAAUGACAGUAAAAUGACGAACACAACAACAACAAAUACAACUAUACAAAACACUGACGGUGUCGAAAAAAGUACAGAAAGAACCGAUACCGAAAGAACUGAGGCACCAAUCACAACAACAAAAACAACAACAGUUUCAACAGCGAACAAACCAGAAAAUGAAGACCUUACCAAGCAUGUGACCACUGCCAAUAACCAAGAGCAGCUAUUGUUGCAUGAGAGGUCAUCACCACAUUCACCAGCACCAAAUAUUCAUAAACCUCGCACUAAUGCUAAUACUCGUUCCCCAACGCGGGACUACAAACCAGCUAACAUCGAUGAUCAAAUCAUUAUUAAAUCAUCCAGCCCGAUUGGUAAGAAAAACGAAGAACGUAGGACUGUUGUGAGAGAGUCAACUUUUGAAAAACCGCAAACUGCUAAUGAACCUGUUGCAGAAAUUCCUUAUGAAACGGAUUUAACAGAAAACAUAUUCGAAAUUAUAGAUGAUAUUGAAAAAGUAAAAAACAAAACACAUUUUUCGUCUGAACAAAUUGAGGUUAGUGAUAAAACAUUUGAUGAACAUGAUCAUGUCCAAACGAGAUCGCAGAAAAAAAAUAAAAAUAAACAACCAAUUCAACCGAGCGAAUUGAAUAAACCAAUGCACACCAAACAACCAGUGCAGCCGAAACAAACUACACAAGGACCUAAAACUAUUAAUACUGAAGUAAUUAACCGGAAGACAAAAACUAUUCAUUCGAAAAAUAUUGAUUCCAAUUCAGUUAUUCCGGAUCAAAAUAAAGAACCAUUGAAUCGAAGUCCAGACACUGAUGAGGAAGAGUUUAUACCUACUACAGAAAAUGAAACAACAAUUGUCGAAGAAAUCCUGGAGAUUGGUACUAAAAAUUCAGAUAUACCAAAAGAUCAAAAGAAGUUUUCAAAACCAAAAUAUGAUAAUCAGAAUAUCAAAACUAAACCACUUUCUCGCACACCUAGCCCAGAAAAGACUACUUCAACUACAAGAGAUACAAUAUUUUCAAAAACACAUAUAAAUGAAAUAAAACCAGUUACUAAGCCCACUCUAUCUACAAAUGAGAAAAAUGACACAUUAAAAACACAAAAGUACGAUGACAAUGCAAAAGUCGAAGAGCUAUUUGAGCAAACAAAUCACAAGAAACAAAUAACAUCGAAGCAUAAUAUUGAUGAGUUUAUAUCAAAUGAACUUAAACAUCAACUACCAAGCACUAAAGAAUUACCUGAUGGCAGUCUAAUUUCGAAAAGCAAGGAACCAGUUCCAACUUCACCAACUUUCAAAAAAAAGGGUUUAAGUCGAAGAGAAACGUUUGAGGAACGUUGUCGUCAAAUUUUGGGUAUGGAAGAUAAUGGCGAUACACAGGGUAAAUAUCAAAAUCGUCCAGAAUUUGAACCGAAACAUGAUGAAGAUACACCCAAAGAAUUAAUAGAAAACCAAAAUGAUGUACUACAAUUUGAAGUAACAAUUGAAGAUUGUAAUGAUGAUGAACCUUUGGAUAUAAAUAAUGUUAAGAAAUCAUUACUGAAGAAAGAGCUAAUAGAAUCUAAAAAAAAACAUAUAACUAAAAACCCCGAAGAAGUAUUUGAACCACAACCAACCACUAGCGAUAAAAAUAAAACAAAUGCUAUAAAUAAAUAUGUAAAAGAAGAUUUGCAUACAGUUGAUACAACCAAUGACAAUAUAAUAAAAACCACAAAAGUUCUUCAACCCCAACAACCUAGAGAAAAGAAUAAACUUAUUGAAAAAACUACAAUUGUUAUUGAAAACCAACGAUCAAAACCUAAACUUUCAGAACCAUGUGAAGAAACACAUUCAAGUGACAGUGAAACUGAGUCCUCUGGUAAUAUUACAGAAGUAGAGACCGAACAAGAAAACUAUGUAUCUGAAAAAGUUGUAAAUCUCGAUGAUAUACUUUCAUCUCAAAUUACAGAAAAGAGUAUCAAAACAGAGAGCGUACCGAAAACAAAAAAUACUAAAACACCAAACAAAUCAAGUAAUGAUACUGUAGAAACAAAAAGAACUUCGAAAUCAGUAUCUACCACAAAACAAACAGUUUCUAACAAAAAUGAUGAGCAAGCAGUUACAAAACAACAGCCCAGAAAACCUACUACAAAACAACCAAGCAGAGAUAACCUCACUAAACCUAAUGAUAAGUCUAUAAUAACACAGGUUUCACAGCGUACAACACAAAAAUCAAAUAUCGAAAAAACUUCUAAAUCAAUAACUAAAGAUAAGACAAGUCCAAGACCUUCUCGGGUUCAACGCAAGUCUGUAGAUAACAGUGGAGAUUCCUCACCUGACAUUAGCCCCUCACGUUUAUCAGAGCGAAGACGAUCAAGUAAUAUCUCAGUGCAUACAGAAAUCAUUAUAGAACAUGCUAGCCCAAAAUCUCCAAGGAAAUAUGAAACAACCCCAAAAACUCAGCCACGCACAGUUAAAGAACCAACUGAGAAAGAUCUUUUAGAAAAAACGUUAACACAUAAACCAACUCGCAAGUUGGCUGUUACAGAACGUAAAGAGUCUGCUCCGGUUCAGAGAGUAUCCCGUAAAGACAAAGACGUUAAAAUGCCACGGUCAACUAGUGAGCAAAAAAUAAAAGUCGGUACAAAGCCCGUAGCAAAACCUGAUAUGAAUUCUCUUUCUCCAAAUCUCUCCGUUAAGUCUGAUAAUCGCCCAAAUAAAUGCUUUGCAACGAAAACUAUUAAUUUAGUUACAAUCGAUAAGACACUCAAUAGUGAAGAUAUGGAGAAUGUUAUAAUUGAUAUACAACAGGCUAAGAGUUCGAGAGAGCCUUCGCCAGAUAAAAUAGUUCCCACACCAGUACCAGCUGGCAUGGACACUGGAAAACCACGUUAUCCUGAUGUUGUGCAAGAACCCGAAGAAGAACCACGUAAAAAGCCACAAGUUAAAAAUAUUCCAAUUUUUGAAGAAGAAACAAAUGAAUAUGUCGGCUGUCAAAUUUCUGAAGUUCAAACCGAACAAAUAACAAAAACUAAGGAAUAUGUUGACUACAAUGAUGAUAACAUAGAUAAUCCAAUAGUUGAAGCGCCUAAGAGCUUGGAUUAUACAACUGUUAAUAAGUCGGAUGAUGAGAGUCUUUUGAGUGUACAGGAAAAGGUUUCGAAGUUUAUACAUACAGCAGAAGAAGUUAAAAAACCCAAAGUUUCCAGUCCAUUUAGUAGAGAUUUCGCUCAAGAAUCAACUGUACCUGAAAACGAUGACUCUCUACUUACUGUCGAUCAAAAGGUAACGAAAUUUUUGCAAACUGCUGAAAGUAUCACAAAACCAGUAUUUUCGACUAAACCGGAAUUUGAACGUCCUAAAUAUGACGAUUUAGAUGAAGAUUUACGACAUGAUAAUUGCAUUUUGAGUGUUUCACAAAAAGUCAAUAAAUUUAUUGACACAGCAGAAAAACUUGCACCUACAACUCCUCAGAAAUCACCAGAGUUAGUAGCUAAAAUUGAAAGACAUAUUUCUCGACAAAGUGAACCAGAAUAUCCAAAUCUUAGCGAUCAAGAAGAAUCGAUAACACCAUUUUCAGAAAAUCAUACUAUUGAGAUUGAAAUGAAGCGUCAAAAAGAUAUUCUAUCAAGACCAUCAAUAUGGCAAAACAAAAAAGAUGAAGAUAAUAUAACUACGCAAACAACCGUGAAAAAUAUAUAUAAUAAUUCUGACGAUGAAAAAGAACCACUUACAGAGGAUGAGCUUAUUCCAAUGACUAAAAAACAUACCAUUGGCAUCGAAUUAAAACGUCAAAACGAUAUUUUAUCAAGACCUUCAGUUUUUCAGACAAAUAAUGUACCACAGAAACAACCUAUUCCUUCAGAACCCAAAACGCAUUUAAAAACAAAAGAAAAAGUUCCACACAAAAUCGGUGUUGUUUCGGGAAAGAUUGAUGUCGAAAAUUCUGUUAGUGAUUUUAAAAAUCGUACAAAAUCUAUAAGCAAAUAUCAGUCAUCUACACUGUCUACAACUAAAUCGAAAUUUGAAACACCAAAAAAUGAAAUUAGUCCAAAUAAAAGAAAACCUUCAUUCGAAAAUGAGAAACCAAUGAAAUCCGGUCCUAAAAAUCAAACACUAACGAAGUUGGACGUAACUACAAAUGAAAUUCAUUCGCAGAAUUCUGAAUCAGAAAAUGAAUUGAAUUUUACUACAAAACGCAGAAGUUCGUCCAAAGUUAAAGAUAAUAUAACUAACAUUGAAGACAAAGUUCCACAUUCAAAGAAACCCACACACACGUCUUCUCCUCAGCAUAAAAAAUCAACAAAUAACUCUCACAGCCCUAUUCAAAGUCCUAACACGUUCACAAAAACAAAUGUGACUAAAAUUACUGAACGCACCUCAACGCAUACAACACCAACUAAAAUUAUUACCACUGAUACAGUUGAAUCAAUUUUAGAGCCCAGCAGUCCAGCUAGUCAAAGCCCUAUUACAAAAGGAAAGACCAAAAUGACAACAACAGAGUCCAUAGCUGCCAGACGCAAUAUUUUUGAAAAAGGUGUUCCAACGAAGACAAAUAAAACCAACACACCUGUUCAAACGGGACGUCGACCAUCAUAUAUGGAUCAUACAAUGAGUUCACUGGAACAUCGUAAAGAUUCUCUUGAAUUGAAUAAAACAAAUUAUGCACGUAAAUCUUCAACAGAGGAUGAUAGCUUAUAUGACCGUCGUCCAAACACCGCUGUUAAAUUUCGUGUACCAGAAAAAAGUGUAGAGGGACCAAUUAGUAAUAUAGAUGAUGUUAAUAUUGAAGAAAUUUUUGAUUUGGAAGUACUUGAACAAAUGUUGGAAAUCACAACUUCUUAUGAAAUCAGGCGAAGAAUACGUGCACAAAUAAGAUUGGUCAAAAAGAAUAUGCUUAAUACACAAUAUAUCGAGAGAGCAAAUGCCGAUACUCAAAAAUCGACAGUAUUUACCACAAGUGAGAAAACAGCUAAAACUAUGUCCACCUAUGAAACAAAAGACAGGUCGAUGAUAAACACGAAAACAACAAGAAAACCAAUUGAACGUAGUUUCAGUCCAGAUGAUAGAUCAAACGAAUCAGUUCAAGAAUCAGAAGAUUUUGAGUGUCAUAGAAAACCGAGAGAACAUAGUCCAACAUCAAAAACUAUUAGCAGCAGUCUUAAAGAAAUUCGCCGUGUGACUGAUACAUCAAGAUCACAUCCACAAGAUACAGUAUUAACAGAAGAAAUAGUUACGGUGAAAAUAGAUAAGUCCAAAAAUAGAUCUACUGACCAAAACUUUGAAACAAGAACCGAUAAACAGCGAAUUGGUAGUGAAAGUCCUACUUGUACGUACAAGUCGCAGGACCAAGUUACUGUGCAUGUAGAAAGAAUCCCAAAAAGCAGUAGAGAUCAUAGUCCUGAAGCUAAGACAAUAAGUAGCAGUCUAAAGGAAGUACGGCGUUCAACAGAACGUAAUCAACAUAGUGAAGCAAUCCCAUCGAAAGGCACGAUGCCAACGAAACAUCGCGAUGAAAGUAUUAGCCCAAGUCGUUCAAAACCACGCGAACCUAGUCCAGAGUGGAAGAAUAUGAGUAACACCGCAAAGCAAGGUAGUCGUAUUACUGAAAUUUCUACCAAGGAAACAAUUACGACUGAAAAGACAAUAAAAAACAGAAAACAAAGCGAUAGCAGUAUAAGUCCUACUCGUUCAAAGUCUCGCGAUCAUAGCCCAGAAGCUAAAACCACUAAAAGUAGUUUAAAGGAAAGAAAACAGCGUGAGGGCAGCAUAAGUCCGACAUCCUCUAAAUCUCCAGAUCAUAGUCCGGAAGCGAAGACUAUUAGCAGCAUGCUUAAAGAAGUUCGUCGAGUUUCAGGUGAACAGGAAAGUUAUAGCACACAAAGAAAGACGCAAAUGGAAGUUGUUGAUACUGUGGAAAAGGUGCGAACUCCUAUAUUAGAAAAGAAAAGGCUCCCAAUUAGUAGUCCCGAGCGAAUAAGUAAACCUUUAUCACGACAAGAAAGUGCUACUCCAAAAGGACAAUCUGUUGCACGUACUCAAAGUCCAGAUAAACUUAAAAAGCAAGAAUAUGGUCUUAGCUCACAGAAAGAAGAAACGACAAGAAAGAGAACUGAUAAUGCGUCAAAAGUGCAACCAAAACCACGUGUACCACAAACUUCUGAUAAUAGAACUGGUAAGCAACAAGAACGUGAAAAUUAUACAGUUACAAGAACCACAGUAAGAACAACUUACUCACCAGAGCGAAAACAAAGUCAAACAAAAGUUGAUGAAAAAACUCCAAUUUGGGCAGAUCGUAAAAAUAUAUUAAAAAAUCAGGGCAGCAAUAUUGUGAAGAAAACACCUUCUCCAAGUACAACUCGUAGCAAUGUUACUAGAACAAUAAAAUCAAGUACUCAACAACAGAGUAGAACUUUCAAUGAAGAGGAUUCAAUUACUUCUAGUUACGGUAUAGGACCUACUGACGAAAAUGGUUUGCCAUUAUUUGGUAUCAAGGCACUAAGAAAAAAAAAGCAACCAGAACAGCCCUGUGAAACCAAAGAAGAAGUCACAGGAUAUAUAGUUGAGGAAAAGUAUUUUUCUGAUAAUAAGACAAAACCAACUGUUCAACGUAAAGAAUACAUCUAUUCUACAAAUGCUGAUGAACUGGAACAAAUAAAGAAAAAAGUCGAUAGUCAAAAAACUUCAAAAGAUACUGAAGUGACUAGAACCUUCGAACAAAUAGAAACUGGCAAUGAACUGGAUGGAAUGAAAGCACUUACAAUGUCAAUGCCAACAACUGAAGAGUUCUCAACAUCAUCCACAAAACAUGUUCGACGUGGUUCUGUGAAAGAGAUGAGUGAAAAAUUCAUACGCAAGGAAUCAUCGCAAUCGAUUACAGAAAAGUCCAGUUCAUAUCCUAAAGCAGGUCUUAUAUUACGCUCAACACCACGUUUAAGUUCUGGAGACGCCACAGAUGCAUUUGAAAGUACUACGGAUAUUAUAACAAAAAAAUUUAGUUCUAAUGAUUCAAAACAAGAUUUCGACACUGAAGAUCAUGAAUUUGAUAUGGAACAGUCCAAAACAGUGCAAACCGAAAGUGAAAGUGAAUGUGAAUCUGUAAAAAUAUUACGAGUAACUAAUCAGAAAUCUACAAGAUCUUCAACAUCGACACGCUCUUUUCUUAACACCAGCGGUGACUCUAAGGUUGUAACAGGCGUUGAUGAUGUCUUAGAACGAAUGCGCAAUGCGGAUAAUGUUGUCGAAGAAGGUGAUACAGCUGAAGAUCAGGAAGCGCGUGCUUUGCUUAAUAAGUUUCUAGGAGCGAGUGUUAUUAUGAGAGGAGUAGAAUCGGCUCUUCCAACGAAACAAACGAGAACGACUGUUACCACAUACGCUGAUGGCGAUGGCGAUGGCGGUGGGGACAAAAGAAAACGUGAGAUUAAAACCACACGUGUAACGAAAACAAUAAAAUCAGGAAGCUCUUCUUCACCAGUUACCUAUAAAACUUGUGCUAUAGAGGAGAUCUGGGACGAAGAAUUAUUAAAGGAAUUGCUUGAACAGGCCACAAAUUACGAAGAACGUAGAAAAAUACGUGCACGUCUUAGGGAACUUAUGGCGGAACGUGAAGAAAACAAAAAUUUGAAAGCUAGCGAAAAAGCUACGCCCGCAGCCAAUACUGAAGACGAUGAAAGUAGUGCCAGUGAAUAUGAAGAAAUUAUUGAAGAAGUAACUGACUAUAGUGAAUCAGAAGAUGAAACAGAAUUAAAAAAAAACACGUCUAUAAAAAAAGAAAAUGAUGAAGAAAUAACAAAAGCAACUAUAGUUAAAGAAGAUAGCGAAAAAGCAGUGUUAAAAAAAAGUUCAAGCACAAAAUCGAACGAUAGUUUAAAGACAGAUAUAUCUACAACUUCCUUUGUAAGUGUGGAAGAAAUUGAAGAAGUCGUUGAUAAGAAUAUAGAAAAAUCUAAAGAAAACGUUAAAAAUAUAGUCAUUGAGAAAGUAACUAGUGCAGUAGAAAAUUUAACUACAAAAACUGCUGAUAGUGAAGACAUUGCAAUCUGUGCCGAUACACAGAAAACCGAGCAGGAGCAACAACAACAUGCAACAUCAACUACGGAAAGAUCUGAGACCAAGGAAAAAGAUGGAUCCAUUGUGACAACUACAACUAAAGUAACAACACGAACCGUCAGCGGCACUGGACCAAAACCAGUCUCACCAUUUGCAAAAUUCCGUCAACUUGACAAACAAAACUCACAACAAUCGCCAAGAUCUCCAUCAACACCCACAACUCCUGGGGGUACUGCCUCUCCUUCUGGUUCAGCACCAAUUUUCAGAUUUACCGAUCCGGCAUUAAAUGCGCGUGCCGCCACUGUCAAGGAUCAACUUCUACAGUGGUGCCAAAUGAAAACAAAGGAAUAUGAGAACGUCCAAAUAACAAACUUUAGUACGAGCUGGUCAGACGGUUUAGCUUUUUGUGCCCUAAUACAUCAUUUCUUGCCAGAUGCCUUUGAUUAUAGUAAACUAACCCCACAAACCCGAAGACAUAAUUUUGAACUAGCUUUCACUGUGGCUGAUGAGAAAGCCGGCAUAGCACCACUCUUAGACGUCGAAGAUAUGGUAGUUAUGAAACGACCCGAUUGGAAGUGCGUAUUCGUUUAUGUGCAGAGCAUAUAUCGUCGUUUUCGCAAUUGUCAAUAAAUCAAUUAUAUAUGCAUAUAUAUAAACAUAUCGUCGACAAUAUAGAAAAAUCUCACUAACAAUAAUAUAUGUAUACUCAUAUAUACAAAAAUGUAAUAUUAAUUAUAUAUUCAAUAUAUAAACGGCAUUUGUCUCUCAUCAAAGUUUUUCUCAUCAACGAUAUUUUAAACUCAAAACUGUUUUAAAAUAAAUAUUGAACUGUUCAUUAAAAAAAAACAUAUUCAUAUAUAAUAUAGAAAAUAUCUCAGUAAACAAUAAUUUACUUUAAAUUAUAUUGAUCAAUAUAUUGUCUAAUAACUCAUUUUACAACUUCACCAUUGUCGGUGAUGAUCCUCUGACUUUUUGAACGCUCGUAGAAUUAGAAAUUGUGUUUGUUGUUUUUUUAUUGACAUUAUUUGUUUGUUAUUAUUAUAAUAUAAUUUUUUUAUUAAUAUCUCAAUUUGAUAAUUUGUUUUUAUAAUAAAAAAUAAAACGUUUAUGUAAAAUUGAACGAUAACUAUUAAUAAAUAAUAAAACACGAGAUCUUUUAUGUAUUAUUUAUAAGCACAUAUAUAUAAACAUAUUUACUAACAAAAAUGUAAUUACAUACACACAACAAUUGCUUUGUUUUUAAUUGCCUAAAAAGAUAAAGUAUAAGGCAAAAUUGUUUUUUUUUAAAGAAUUUUUUUUUAAAAGUAGUCGAUAACGUCAGAUAUCGUGUAUCUGAUUACAGAAUUUAAAGAAGAAAUAUGUUAUCUUACGAUUUUUUAUUAUUAUUUCUUUAAUUUACUA